GACACAUGAAAACGUGAAUGUGCUUUAUCAACGGACAGACGUAUUUUUGCUACAGAAACUUAAGAACCCGCAACUCACCUAGUUUGGGACGUGGUAUGUGAUAACACUACAGCGAUAGAGCGAAAGCAUCAUGAAGGUGACAAUCCUGCUCAUCUGGUCCUGCCUGGCCUGGGAAGGCCUGGGGAAGCCACAGUUUCCUGACCAAGAGAAAGAUCCCCUGUUCUGGAACACAUGGGCUCAGAGUACUUUGAAGAAUGCCCUCACACUUCAGAAGCUCAAUAAAAACACUGCAAAGAACCUCAUCCUCUUCCUUGGUGAUGGAAUGGGCAUUCCCACAGUGACGGCAGCACGAAUACUGAAGGGGCAGCUGAGCAGACAGAGCGGGGAAGAGACCCAACUGGAGAUGGACAAUUUCCCCUUUGUUGCACUUUCCAAGACAUAUAACACCAAUGCCCAGGUUGCAGACAGUGCGGGUACAGCCACAGCAUUCCUCUGUGGGGUGAAAGCCAACGAGGGCACGGUGGGUGUGAGUGCAGCUGCCGUCCGCUCUCAGUGCAACUCCACACAGGGCAACGAGGUCACCUCCAUCCUCAGAUGGGCCAAGGAAGCCGGCAAGUCAGUGGGAAUAGUCACGACAACGCGUGUGAACCAUGCCACCCCCAGUGCAGCCUAUGCCCACUGUGUGGACAGGGACUGGUACUCCGAUGGAGAGAUGCCCGCUGAGGCAGUACAGGCGGGCUGCAAGGACAUCGCCAGGCAGCUCUUUGAGAACAUUCCCAACAUCGAUGUGAUUAUGGGAGGAGGGAGGAAAUACAUGUUCCCCAAAAACCAAUCAGAUGUGGAGUAUCCUGGAGAGAAGAAACACUUCGGUACCCGCAUCGAUAGAAGGAACUUGGUGGAGGAGUGGAAUAACCGAAUGAAAAACAAGAACGCCAACUAUGUAUGGAACAAGAAGGAACUUUUAUCGCUAAAUCCUAAUAGUGUGGAUUACCUUUUGGGUCUGUUUGAGCCUGGAGAUCUUCCCUAUGACCUGGAGAGAAACAAUGAGACAGAUCCUUCACUGACCGAGAUGGUGGAGGUGGCCAUUAAGAUCCUGAAGAAAAACCCCAGCGGAUUCUACCUGCUGGUGGAGGGGGGGCGCAUCGACCACGGACAUCACGACGGUAAAGCCAAGCAGGCCCUGCAUGAGGCAGUGGAGAUGGACCGGGCCAUUGGCCACGCCGGCCUCAUGACCAGCAUAUAUGACACAAUGACUGUCGUCACUGCUGACCACUCUCACAUGUUCAACUUUGGAGGCUACACUCCAAGGGGGAACACAAUUUUUGGUCUAAAUUCCAUUUUGAGUGAUGUGGACCAGAAGCCCUUCACUGCCAUCUUAUAUGGGAACGGACCAGGGUUUAAAGUAGUCAAUGGUCUGAGAGAGAACAUCUCCACCCUUGACUAUGAGGAAAAUAACUACAAGGCCCAGUCUGCAGUUCCGCUGAGUAUGGAGACUCAUGGAGGAGAGGAUGUGGCUGUGUUUGCUAAGGGCCCUAUGGCUCAUCUGCUGCACGGUGUCCACGAGCAGAACUACAUUCCCCAUGUCAUGGCUUAUGCUGCCUGCAUUGGCCAGAACAGAGACCACUGCAUGUCAUCCAGUGGAGCCUCUAGUCUCAGCGCUGCUCUGCCCAGCCUGACAGCUCUCCUCACACUCAUCUGUCUCCUCUGCUGACCUUUCACCCCAACCCCCCUCCUGUACUACCCCAACCCUCCUCUUAGUAUACAUGUAAUACUCCCACAUAUUGUUUUCCAGUUGCAAUGCAUAUUUUCUUCUUACCAUUUACAUUUUUUCCCCCAUUCUAUAAUGACCACUGCAAGGGCAUUUAAAGUUAGUGUUUUGAGGGUUGGUGUUGUUCAGUCACAUGUAGUGUUUGGGAAAAUAAGAGGAUAUCACUUUAUUUCUACUUUAAGAUAUAGGAUAGGUUGUGUUAAUUUACUUUGGUAUUGAUCACUAUUCAGUUAACACCAAAACUAUGUGAAGAAUUCUGUCAUAUCAGUUGGUUUAAGAGAAGGGUAUAUCUCUGAAUUUAUAUCAAUCAUUGUAUGGGAAAAAUACCCUCCCGGGAUUAAUGACAAAGCAAUGUUGCUGCUCACCUAUAUAUUUGUUGUCUGUCAAUUCCAUGACUAUGGAUUAGUCAACUUUUCAAAGAAGCCAGUUCCUUUUGAAAAUUAGAAACCUAAUGCAGGGGAGAGCGAGGUAUGUUGUCACACUUUUCACACUCUCUAACAUUUACUGGCAAAUCAUGACUUUCAAUCAAAACAAGAAUACUGGCAGAGCACACAGUAAUUAAGUGGCACGACCACUUUACUUCAAACCUUGAAAUCGAACGUUCUCUGGCGUUCACAUAGAUCCGCGGUAAUUGUUGUAAUUGGAAUGGAAUGUAAUGCUGCAGAUAACUUGCUUAAUUAAAUGUUUAAGGUCUUAACAAUACAGAUGUGAUGUUUAAAAACACUAACACACAAUUUUGUAACAGCCUAUACGACGUACAUCUGUAUCUGACUAAUCCCACUCAUCUUCGGAGUCACAGUUCUGACACACAUAAAUUGCCUGGCCUGAGGUGCAAGCGUCAUGGGCCCAUUUGUUGCAUCUCACACAGUUCACCCACGUCUCCUUUGGAAGGCUGUUUGAAAUGGCUCCACACAGACGAGGCAGAAGCUCACAUCUUCAUCUGAUGAUGACUCUUCUAUGAUUUUUUUUUUUAGCUGCCUUCUUGUUCUUUGCAGAUCCAGAUUUUGACUCCCCCCCCUUGCUUCCCUUUCUUCGGAAACAGCCUUUUGCUAGAGUGUGCCUUAUUCUUUUAAAUUUCUAUUGCCUGCUUCACUGGUGUGUCAGUUAGAAUUGCUGUUUUGCACCGUUUUCUUCCUUUACAAACUUGUUUUCGGGGGUCAGCUUUUGAAUAUGGCCUGAUGUCCUCUGGAGUUGGUAGUCUGCUGUCAGCAAUGGCAUUGCUGGGCAAGGGUGAGCUGGUGCUAGCAUAAGAACUGGGCAGGUCUGUGUCUGAGCUCGUGCUAGGCAGGGCUGGAAUGAUGCUGGGGCCUGGCUGGUUGGUGCUGGAGCCAGGUUGGUGCUGGGGCCAGGCAGGGCUGGAAUAGUGCUGGGGCCUGGCAGGUUGGUGUUGGGGCCUGCCAGGGUUGGAAUGUUGCUUGGGCCUGGCAGGGCAGGGUUGGUGCUGGGGCCAGACAGGGCUGGAAUAGUGCUGGGGCCUGGCAGGUUGGUGUUGGGGCCUGACAGGGUUGGAAUGUUGCUUGGGCCUGGCAGGGCAGGGUUGGUGCUGGGACCAGGCAGGUUGGUGUUGGGGCCUGACAGGGUUGGAAUGUUGCUUGGGCCUGGCAGGGCAGGGUUGGUGCUGGGGCCUGGCAGGUUGGUGUUGGGGCCUGACAGGGUUGGAAUGUUGCUUGGGCCUGGCAGGGCAGCGUUGUUGCUGGGGCCAGGUAGGGUUGGAAUGUUGAUUAGGCCUGGCAGGGCAGGGUUGGUGCUGGGGCCUGGUAGGGUUGGGUUCUGAAUGGGGCGAUCUGUAAUAUAGGAUGGUGCAAACUCAGUUGUAAUGUUGUACCCCAGCCACCCUAAAGCCAGCCUGAAUGUUCAAGGGGGUUGCAGCCAGAGGAUAGAUGAUUGCCACAAUCCCAGGAAUGUCAUAAAUUGACAUUGUCUUCAAUGAGGUGUUGAUGUGCCUCUUUAGCUGCCUGUAGACAGAACUGUCUAAGGUUGAAGCCGAUGAGAGCAAUGGGGUGGGAAUGACAGCAUAAUUAUGCCAUUUACUCUGGCGUAAGUGAGUCCAUCAACAGACAGAUAAGACUCGUGGUUUUGUCCAAAAGGAGUAAACAGGGCUUCUCCUUUGAGCACUUUGUAUGCUCAACCAAAUGUUUCAGGAAGUCAACAGUGCACAUCUUUCAUCCACCCAGGGGGAUUUGUCCCUCCUUUCCUACCAGGUGGCCCGUUGAUCAGGAAAUUAUCAUGAAAGUUGACACGGGGAAUAUAAACUAUGGAGGUAUACUAUUCCCUGUGGCUGAGAUAGCACAGGCCAGUGUGACGAGGGUUCCCCUUUCAGCGGAGGUCAGUGACCCGAAUUGUUUGAAUCCACAUCUGCCCACCACUUUGUCAGGUUUAUGUACAGUGGUCACUCCAGUUUCAUCGACAUUGCAUAUGUCUCCUGGUCCAACUUGAUAUCUCUCUAGCACUUAUGCUACAUUGUCGAAGAAAGCAUUAACAUUUUCUCUGUUGAAGCUACUUGCCCUGGUAAGGCUAGUUGCCUCUGGCUUUCUCAGCAACAGCGUUGGGUGCCGCUUUAAGAAGCCUGUAAACCACUCCAAGCUGGCCUUUUCUUUUUCUGCCCACAUUGGCGCGAACUUCAGCUGGUGUGUCACAGCAAACUGGUAGGAAAGUCUUCUGACCUUACUUGGCGACAGACCAAAAUAAAUGUCAGCUGACCUAGUACUAUACUAAACAAGCUGCAUCUCCAAAUCAGGUGAAAAAACCUGUCGUGGCUUUGUAUAGCCAACCACUGUUGUUGGCAUGGCUGUCUGACUUUCAACUUCUUCUCUGGUAGCCUUUUGACAAUACCCAGUCAGGUUACGGUAAUUUAUGUCAAAAUCCUUUGCUGUACUCCUGAUUGAUUUGUUCUGCAACUUCACCUGCCUCACUGCCUUUAACAUUAUGCCAGGUGGUGGGCUGCCAUCCUCUGUCUUUCUUUUAUCAUUUCUAACCAUCUUUCUUCCUUCCUUCCUUCCUUUCCUUCCUUCCUUCCUUCCUUCCUUCCUUCAAAAUCAAAUUUCCUCAUUGCAAUUGCAUAUUCAUUAGAGGCUUAUUAAGCCCACCUCCCUGUCUACUAUUCUUGUUGCCACAAUGCAAUUCAUAACCCCACACUAAAUUCAUGACACACUGUGUAUAAUAAUCCAUUUACAGUAACAUUUAAUUCUAUUAUCAGAGCUGAUGACACUAUAUCACAAUGUUUUUAGAGCAUGUUCUAUGUGUCGAUGUAUACUGGGGCAAGUUGUCGACUUGCCACAAGGUCAUUGAGACAACUUGCCCCAAACUGACAUGUGUGCUAAUGUUGGCUAAAUCUUAGGACUGCAGCUAAACUAUCAAAAGACACGUUAUUUUCUCCUCUACUCAGUGCAAAAUUAUAAUUUUGAACAUUAAUACCUAACAAAGUUUCAUUGCAUAAAAUGUAAAGUGCCAAUUCUUUACUUUUGAAGGGGAGAAAUAAGAAAAUUGUGCUCACCUCAGAUUAGAGUGACCUCGACCACAUACGAACAGGAAGUUGACCAUAGAACAUGUAGUCACACAAAGUAGCUAUUUGAUUUUUGAGAUAACACCUAUAGUGUUGGAGGUAUGAACAGUGUGACAACUUACCUCGCUCUCCCCUAACAUUCCUCUAGAUUUGAAUAUGAAUAUAUUAUUUUAGCCACUCCUCUGACCUAAACAGAAAGCAAACAGUAAACAGAAUCUACAUCAUAAGCUUUCAUCAGAUUCCCUAAACAAUCAUGUAAACAUUACAAUGAGCAAAUCAGAGGCUAUUUUGAGUAUAUGGUUUAAAAUGUUAUUUUUUAAAUGUAAAUGGUAUGUAUUCCAUCUCCUUUGUACAUACUUCAGAAAGCACUGAAUGAAAAGUCCCCCACUGUCAGAAUUUCAUAAAAUAUAAGCUAGCGAAUCUCUUACUAAAUAAAGGAAGUCCUGUUGUUUUUUC